AUGGCGGCGAUGGAAGCCAUCGGCGUGCUAUGCGACAGACGUGACAUCUAUGACGAGGCCAUCAACUACUUCUACAAAGGCGGUGGUAACGGCGCAAUGCACAAAGCAGUUUACUACAUCCACAGCGGCAACUUGGGACAGUGGCAGGAAUCCGGCCGUGACCAGGGACAUAACACGUUGGGCAUUGCGUUGAUGGGUCCAAUCUGCGAAAUGGCCUGGAAUCAGGGCGACGAUUUGUAUGGUUAUUGGAACAGCCGGUUCUUGGCGGGCGCGGAAUACGUGGCCAAAUUCAAUUUGGGAUUCGGUGUCCCCUAUCAGCCCUAUAUGUGGGGCGUCGGUCAAAAUGGCCAAUGGUCGAUUCAGCCUCAAAUUUCUGAAGCCCAUAGAGGUCACACCCGUCCCGUGUGGGAGUUGGUUUAUGGUCACUAUACCGAUCGCAUGGGUAUGGCGGCGCCAUACACGGCUCAGUUUGUUGCACGAGUGCGGCCCGAAGGUGGUGCUUCUCCUUCCAAUCCUUCCAGCUUCGAUCAAUUCGGCUUUGGCACUCUGACUUUCACCCGCGAUCCAGUUGCGACACCAACAAAGCCGAGCUCGUUGAUGGCGGCCAAAAGGGCCGACAAAGUGGUUCUCUCCUGGUGGGGUGCUGCGGGUGCAACGAGCUACAAUGUGAAGCGCAGCACUAAAGUGGGUGGACCUUAUAUCACCAUUGGAGUGAGCGACAACUUCACUUAUACUGAUACAGACCUGGCGCCGGGCAAAUACUAUUAUGUGGUGACGGGCUUGGUGGAGUCGUACACGAAUGAAACAGCACCCUCCAACGAAGCUGAAGUCUCUACCGCUCCUGAGUUGUACAUAUACCUGAAAUUCGACGAGACGAGUGGUAUGACAGCGGCAGAUGCCACCGGUAGCGGGCACAUCGGCACGUUUGUCAACGGUGCUACGUUCGUAGCUGGCAAGAGCGGCAACGCUAUAUCACUCGACGGAAGGAACAGUUACGUGUCCUUGUCUGAGGACGUAGUCUUUGAUCUGACCGACUUCACCAUCUCAGCGUGGGUAUAUCUCAAUGAUAACACCCGUCAGUGGCCGCGUAUCUUCGAUUUCGGCGGGAAGACGGGCACUUAUAUGUUUCUCACGCCUAAGGGCCCUAAAGGUACUCUCCGCUUCACUGUUGCCACCGUCUAUACGUACAACGAGCAGGUGAUUGACGCUACUGCUGUGUUUCCCACACGUCAAUGGGUUCACAUUGCUGUGACGUUGUCAGAUAGAGUCGGCACGAUCUAUGUCAACGGAGUGGCCGUCGGCAGCAACCCCACGAUUGAUUUUCCGCCUUUUCAAUUGGGAGCCACACCGAAUAAUUGGAUCGGGCGAUCGCAAUUUGAUAACGAUCCCUAUCUCAACAGUACAGUGGAUGAUUUCCGCAUCUACAAGGGAUCAUUGAGUGCCAAUGAUGUGGCAGCUUUGGCCAAAGAAUGA